AUGGAUGAUGGAGAGGAGGAUAUCCGAGCUUCACCUGCACUUCACCCGGGUAAACUUACCACUGAUACCGCCCCGCCCCCCCUUGCUGACGAAGUUUCUCCUGCUGUGCCGCCAUGCUGCGUGCUGCCCCGUCUCCUGCAGUUCGCCACGUUCCUACGAUCUUCUUGGACGGGUCUGAACCAUCUUGUGUUGCAAGUGAGGGAGGACUUUUCCAAGGACUCUGCCCACAAUGUCAUUCAGUCCUACGUCUGGCGCACAGGGCAGUAUUGUGCUGGAGUUCUUUCUGCUUCCUCGGAAUACUUGAGGCGCCGCUGCCUUGACCUCAUGGAGCUAGCCAGGAGUGGAGGGUCGGAGCUGCUCUCCUUGAUAACAAGCCUGGACUACCAGGACCUCUACCCUUUCUCCCGCUCCUUCCUUCUUGGGUCCCUGGGGUUGUUGUGCAUCGGGACCAGCUCGCAUCCGAACUGGGGCGACCUGUCGACAGAGCCUGUGAUCACGGCGUUUGCAAGCCAAGGCGUGCUUCUGAGCAUAUCAUACAAUCGCUUCCCCACCAUUGACAGAUCUGCAACGGGGGUCAAGUUGACAACUUAUUGCUCGAUGCUUGCCCUCCUUACCUGGGCUCAUGGAAGGCUGUUCAAGGCUUCGAAGCGGGCCAAGAUGCCCUUCGGGAGUGUACUGCGGAUGAUGGCUGGAGUGAUGUUCAUAACAGUAGGCGCCGCCAUGAUCACAUCUUGA